CUUAUCGGUAAUAUAACCUAAAGGAUGAAGAUAUUUGAUUUCAUCUGAUUUUUAUAAAGAUUGCUUAAAAAUGAUAUCAAUAAAUUAUAACGUACCAUUUCUAAUUUUGCAGUUAGUAGGUGAACAUUUAUUAUAUAAGAAGAAAGAAAUCACAUUUGCUCUGUACCAAGAAAGUUGCUAGAAAUAGAAAAGUACAAGUAAAAAUAUAAAUCAGUAUGUCAACAUCAGAACCAAAUACAGUGGUGUUCUCACAAGGAACCGGAUAUGGUUUAGUAAUUGGAUUAGGAUUUGCUUUUGCGGUGAUCAUGUUAAUAGUAUCCAAAUUGCUUGAGAAAAUCUUCAAUGAAAUUCAAAAUUCAGAAAUGUUAAUGACUGCUAAAAGAAGUAUUUCUCUGACAGGUUUAUUAGCUUCAAGUAUAGUUAGUUCAUGGACAAUUGGGCUGACAUUGUUACUUUCUACAACAUCAGCUUAUCAAAAUGGUGUUAGUUCUGCUUAUUGGUAUGGUGCUGGGGCAUGUGUCCAAAUUAUUAUAUUUUCUUGUAUGGCUCUUGAAAUGAAAAGGAAAGCUCCUAAUUGUCAUACAUAUCAAGAAAUUGUUGCUGUAAGAUACUCAACACAUACCCAUUUGAUUGCUUUUGGUUAUUCGGCCAUUCAAAUGGUCACAUACACUGUAAAUUUACUUAUUAAUGGUCUGUCUGUGUUUUCUAAUAUCACCGGAAUGAACAGAGAUGCUGCAAUUUGUUUAUUCCCAAUAGGUGUUAUUAUUUAUACCUUGGUAGGAGGUAUCAAAGCAACUUUUUUAACUGACUGGACUCAUACAGUUAUUAUUUUUGUGAUUUUGCUUACAUUUAUGUUUAAUACAUAUGCAACAAAUGAUACAAUUGGUUCACCAGCAAAAUUAUGGGAGCUUUUAACAGCCACUGCUGAAAGAAGGCCAAUUGAAGGUAAUGCUGAGGGAAGUUUAAUGACUUUGAGCUCAGUUCAAGGUGGUCUUUUUGGUUUAGUACUUUUUGGUGCUGGAUGGGCAGCAUCUGUUGAUUCGCAAUUAUUUCAAAAAGCUAUUGCUGCAGCCCCUGAGAAAGUUUGCUUAUCCUAUAUUUUAGGUUCAUUAGCAUGGUUUACUAUUCCCUUUUGUUUGGCCACUACUCUUGGUUUAGCUGCUGCUGGUAUCGAAACUUUGAGUGUGUUUCCAACUUAUCCUAAUUUAAUGUCAGAGGCACAAAUUGGGGAUGGAUUAGUUAUGCCAUAUGCAGCAGCAGCAUUAAUGGGUAAAGGAGGUGUUGGUGCUGUUCUUACUAUGAUCUUCAUGGCAGUUACAGCUGCUUAUUCAUCAGAAACAAUUGCCGUCUCAGCUUUAGUCACUCAUGAUAUAUAUAAAAGAUACUUUGAUCCAAAUGCCAGUGGUAAGAAGCUCGUGUUAGUAUCACACUCUGUUGUCAUUGGCUUUGGUAUAGUUACUAUUGGUAUGGGAAUUGGUUUAGCACAUGCUGGAUUUGAUGUCUCAUUUAUUACUACAGUAUCAGGUAUAGUUGUUAAUGUUAAUGUUAUACCUAUGAUGGCAACAUUAUUCUGGACAAAAAUGAGUAGUUUUGCCUACAGUGUUGGUACUAUCUUAUCAACUUGUAUUUCAUUAGCUGUUUGGUUUGGUUAUACUGUUCAUCAAUCAGGUACGAUAAAUUUAACGACCUUAUCUACAAAUGAAGCUUUGGCAGCUGGAAAUACUGUAGCAGUUGGUGUUCCGUUGAUAAUUGUGCCUAUUUUAGUAUGGAUUAAACCAGCAAAUUUUGAUUGGGAAACUUGGAAACUUGGAAUUAAACAAGAUGAUAAUGUUGAAUUUGAUGAAUCUCAUCAUUCAAAACAAAUUGUUUAUAAUCAAGAGAAAUCCACACAAUUUGAAUUGGAUAAGGCUGAACAAAUGCAAGAUGUGAUUAUGAGACAAAGAAAGUAUGGUUUUAUUGCUACUAUUGUGUUUGUCUUAUUCUUCCUUAUCGUGUUCCCAUUACCAUUAUAUGGAUCUGGAUAUGUAUUUAGUAAGACCUUUUUCAGAGGUUGGAUUGUGGUUAUGUUUAUUUGGGGUUUUGUAGGGGCCUUUAUUGUUAUUCUUUUACCAUUAUGGGAAGCUAGAUUUACGUUUAUGACUUUGAUUAAGGUUAUGAUGGGUAAAAAGCCACAACCAAGAGGAGAUAUUAGAUAUAAGGAUGCAGAUGAUGUUGAGCAUCAAUCUGAAGAUAGCAGUAUGCAAAAGACCAAAGACUAUGGCACAACAGUUGAAGUUGUGAGUCAAGAUUUGUAG